UCAAACCAGAGAAAGACACUGGUACGUCCUACUCCUGCAAUCCUGCCCAUCCAAACUCCAAAACCCUAAAAAUGAAGCCCAAACGGACUCAACGGCCAAACGUGUACUUGCACUGCCGCUGCAUGCUGCACCUCCUUUCCUCUCCCCUUCUCCCCCUUCUUCUGAUCUGAGUGGCUGCGGUGGCUUUGUCCCUCUCCUAGGGUCCUCUAGGCUAGAGGGUUAAGUAUUGGAAUUGGGUAUCAUCGAGUUAUGACUCGCCCAGCCGAGCUCCAAAACUCCAUAGACCUCGCUGCUAGCCACACUUCCGAUCACCCCCUUACCAUCUCCGGCGACGUCGACGUGACCACCACCGCCACUGAUGCUGAGGCCUCCCAUGAUGGCCUUGGUUUCUGGCAAUUCAUGGUGGCGGGUUCCAUUGCCGGCAUGGUCGAACACAUGGCAAUGUUCCCUGUCGACACCCUCAAGACCCGUAUGCAGAUGCUCGGCGCCACUUCUACCGCCGCUUCAUCUGCCCCCUAUCCGACUCAGACUUUACACCAUCCCCGCUUCGGCCGUUUUCUCGCAUCAAUUAUACGAACCGAGGGCCCCUUAGGUCUCUACCGUGGCAUCGGCGCAAUGGGUCUCGGUGCUGGCCCUGCCCAUGCAGUUUACUUCUCCGUCUACGAAGUCUGCAAGGAAAAGCUCGGCGGAAACCUUCCAGGCCACCACCCUCUAGUCCACGCGGCUUCUGGUGUUGUUGCCACCACUGCUAGCGAUGCCGUUCUCACCCCUAUGGAUGUUGUGAAACAGAGGUUGCAGUUGCGGAGCAGCCCUUAUGGUGGAGUAAAGGAUUGUGUGGUGAAGAUGCUUAGGGAGGAAGGGUUGAAGGCUUUCUAUGCUUCUUACCGCACGACCAUCGUGAUGAAUGCUCCUUUUACGGCCGUGCACUUCGCUACUUAUGAGGCCGUCAAGAAGGUUUUGAAUGAGGUAUCUCCGGAGAAUGCGAGAGAGGAGCGGCUUCUUGUUCAUAUCACUGCCGGUGGAGCUGCGGGUGCCCUAGCUGGUGCGGUUACCACCCCCUUGGAUGUUGUCAAAACAAGACUGCAAUGCCAGGGUGUAGGUGGAGCAGACACUUUUAGUAGUAGUUCUAUCCGCAUGGCUCUCAAGCAGAUAGUGUCCAAGGAAGGUCCCCAAGCUUUGCUGCAAGGUCUGAAGCCAAGGAUACUGUUCCAUGCCCCAGCAGCUGCAAUAUGCUGGUCCACUUAUGAAGCCAUGAAAAAUUUCCUUCAACACUCACCAGAAAGCCGACCCCACCCCACAACCUGAAAAUCAGUAGCUUAGAAGUGGAUACCACCCGGUCUUUUGAUUGGAGGAUCAAUCCAUGAUUAUUUAUCAGAAGUGAGUGCCAUCAGUGUCUAAAUAAGUUGGUGAGGGUUUUUGAUCUGCAGUAUUCCUCACAUUUUUCUCCUUUCUGCUGAUGGCGAGACGGUUGUGGAAACUGGGUGGUUGAAGAGGGUGUGGGUGUUGGUUAUUCUUUGAGGCUGAUGCUCUUUUGCCUUGUUAAUACUGUAAGAUGUAUCUUUUGACAGGUUACAGUAAGAUACAACACAGAAACUGGCAAUGAAAGCCACAAUUGAAUUAAAAAAAAAGGAGGUUUGCCUUCUAGAGUCAGGCCAUGACAUCAAGAAGGUAUUACUAGGCAAUUUUGGUUCUGGGUUUGUUCUGUGCACUAAGGCAUACUGAAAUCAAUUUAAGAAAUCAAUUUAUUGUUCAGAA